AUGGAGGGAAGUAGCGACCGGCCACCGAAGCCUGAUGAAAGAAUCGAUACGCUCGCAUCGUUUUUAAAGGUAGAUUCAGACAAAUUGAAGGACGUGGACGUCACAGUGUUGAACCAACUAACAGCCAAGAUUGAUGAGUUUAACUUGCUCAAAGCAGAGAACUUGAAAGCGUCGGUUAUCCUUGAUGAAACCAAAUCGUCAUCCGAUCGUAAAGUGGACGCAUUGAAGGACCACACAGAAAAACUCUUGGCGGAAAUUGAGGGACUAAGAAAAGAGCAGACGUCAUUUGAAGACCAGAGGCUCAAACUUGCCGAUGAAAAAGCGGCAGCUUCUAACGAGGCCCGUUCGCUGAAGCUGAAAAUAGAUGAGCUUAAUCAACAAAAGGAACUUUGCGAAUCUAGUAAACUCGACAUAGCAAAGCUAUUGAAUGAAAAAAUUAACGACCUCGCAGCUUCCAAGCAAGAGGCGGAUCAACUCUUGGCAGAUAACAAGGAGUUGCGGAAAACUAUACUGGACCUGGAGAACGAGAUAAGGACGUGCAAGUCAAUUGAGUUGCGCAAUAAAUCUGACGUACAACGAUGGACACAGGAACUCUCUCUUGUGAAGUCGAACAAUGAAUGGUUUGAAAAGGAGCUAAAUGCAAAGACUGCAGAGUACAACGCAUACAGACAAAAGGCAAGUAGUGAAUUACAAGCUGCUCUCAAUGAGCUCAGCGUGGUUAAGAACGAGUUUGAACUGAAUUCCAGCACUUCAGAAGCCCUGCGAAAGAGAAAUGGGGAACUUUCCAAGGAACUUCAAGAGAAACUGAUAACCGUUAAAGAUCUCACCGAUUCACUCAAUACGGAAAAACAAGAAUUUACUCGAGAAAUGUCUUUGAAGCAGCGAUUGGUGGAAUUGCUGGAAAAACAAGUUCAAUCAUUGAAGAAUGAAUUAGAUGCCCAGAAUAAAGGUUCGGCGCGGGCGGAGGAACAGGUAGCAGGCAAUGAUAAAAUUGAGCAGGAAUUACUGGAUUCUAAAAAGCAAUUGGAGGAGUAUGAAGCUAAAGUGAUCAAGCUAGAGGCAACAGUGCAAGAGCUACUGUCUUCUGGCGAUGUAUCUGACUCGCAUAAUAUCUCUCUAUCUGUGGAUAGUAAGUCGUCUGUACCGAAGCUGUAUGGCGAUAUCGGUCUUUUAAAGAAACAACUUAUUCAUGAAAAAAGACAGAAGGAACUUUUGCAAAAUCAAGUUGAGGCAUUUGUUAUUGAAUUGGAGCACAAAAUUCCGAUUCUCAAUUCUUUUAAGGAACGCAAUGAGAUCUUGGAGAGGGAAUUAACAGAAACCGCUCUUAUGCUGGAAUCUGUAUCAAAAGAUAAAGAUGACAUGAAGAAAUCGUUAGACAGAUUCAAGAUGAAAGUUUCAAGCUAUGAGGCUCAAAUUUCUUCGUUAAUUAGACAACGGUCUGAUCUUGCACAUCAGGUGCAAUAUCUGCUCAUCCAAGUAGAAAUAAAGGAUGAUGCAAAUGGCCCUCUCACAUCAGAGGAGAAUGCUUUCAUCAAGAGGAUUGUGAUGUCUGACGACAAUAGCAUGGAUUCAGAUAGUCAAAAGGUCAUAUCUCAAAGAUUGUUAACCUUUCACAAUAUCACAGAAUUACAAAGCAAAAACAUGGAACUUCUGGAUUCAAUGCGUACUCUAGCAGAUAAACUAGAGAAGGAAGAAUUAGAAAAGAAAUCAUAUACUAGAAAAGUGGAGAACAAUGCUGUACAAGAGGCAAAGGAGGCAAUUUUAACUUUACAAGAACAUAAUCAGACGCUGGAAAAUCAAAUCAUGGUUUUGGCUAAAGAGAGAGAUGCUUUCAGGGCUUUAUCGAAUGAAGGUUCUGCCUCAUCAGCUGAAAAUGUGGUUCAGUUGACGUCCCCAGAAAGUCCAGUGGGAGGUAAAAGAUCUAUGGUUGAGGAUUUAGAAGUCCAAUUACGCACUAUAACUGAGGAAUCUAACAAAAAUAUUAAACUGCUUAACGACGAAAUUCAAACUUUGUAUAAGUCUAAAGCUGAAUUGUCCAUUUCGUUCGAGAAACAGACUUCUGCUAGGAUUCUUGCAGAGGAGAGACUAAAAAUGGCACAAAAAACACUCGAGACGAUGACCCAAGAAACUCACGAACUAAAGAAGAGAUAUCGAAAUCUUCAAGAUAAUAUUUUGAAACAAGAUGAUCGGACGCAGAAAACGAUAGAAAAAUUGAUAAACUCUGAGUCUCACGUUGGCCAACUAGAAGCUGAAAUCAGACAUCUAAGAGCAGAGAAAGAUUUUUUGAGAUCUGUAGAAAAAACUCUAAAAGAAGAUAAUGAGAGACUCUUGGGUGAAAAGAAUGGAAUGUCUCUACUCGUUGCUCAACUUCAAACUUUGCAAAAUGAAAGAGAAAAACUGCUGAGAGAUACUCAGACCAGUGGUCAAGAUAAAGUAAGGAAGUUGGAAGCAGAGCUCUCUGAUACGCUGUCCAAAUUGGAGAAGAAGACCGAAGAGAUUGAUGAAUAUAUCUCAUCCAAAGACUCCCAAGUACAAUGGUUUCAGGAUAGAAUCAACUCUUUGAAUAACUCUGUUAUGGAAUCAAGAUCCGAACUCGACGCGAAGCAAAAAUCAAUUGAGCAUCUUGAAAGUACAAUUAAGAUUUUAACCAGCAAGCUUGAAGAAAGUGAAACCAGAAUUCAAUCAUAUGAUGUAUUCAAUGUCACAGAUGAUGCUACCUCUCAAGCAGAGUCACUACGAAAGCAAAUUGAAAAGAUGAGCAUACAGCUAAAAGACGCAUAUUCUCAGCUAGAGGAAUAUAAAGCUCUUGCCUCCACGAACGAGGACUCACUGAGUGCAAUUACAAAGGCCUACGAGGAUUCAAAAUCAGCAUCUAAUAAGUUUAUCGAAGACCUCACUAGGGAAAGAGACAUGGCAAAAGACAAGAUUUCAAUUUUGAGCGAUCAAGUAUCCAAUCUCAAUAAUGAACUUGAUCAUCAAAAUCGUCUUUUCGAAGCACAGAAAAGUGACUUAUUAAAACAACUUGAGAUCUUGAAGGCAGGUGAAGCAUCAAGAGAAACUAUUAAGUCUGAAUAUGUGCAAACAAUACAAAAACUGCAGGAAGAUUUAAAUAAUCAGGCGACUUAUGCAAAUACAGCGCAGAAAAACUACGAACAGGAACUUCAAAAACAUGCAGAUGUAUCCAAAACCAUUAGUUUGUUAAGGGAAGAAGCACAUAAGUCUAAAAACGAGAUGAUUUCUUUGAAAAAUGCUGCUGAAAGCGCGCAUAAAAUUCUUGAACAAAAUGAAAAGAGUUGGGCAGAACAAAAAAUGCAGUACGAAAACCAAUUAAGCUUAGUAACUCAGAGAACUGAAGAUUUGUCAAUGCAGAACCGUUUACUAUAUGAGCAGCUUGACUUGUUGACGAAGGGAGAUCAUGGGGAGUUAUCUAAUGGGAGUUCAUAUUCAAAUGAGCUGGUCUCCACUUUACGAAGAGAGAGGGAUAUUCUUGAAACAAAACUAGAGGUUGCAAAGAGAGACGAAAGAACUUACCGCCAAAAACUGGAUUUCGCAAAUACUGAGUUGGAAAAGACCAAAAUAGAGUUGAUGCGUUUACAGGAAUUAGGUGAAGCAUCAUUUGAUGUGAGUAAGAGCCACGAAGAAGUGUUAGAACAGCUAAAUCAAAUCAAUUUGCUCAGAGAGAGCAACAUUACGCUCCGUAACGAGGCAAAAAGUGCUCUUGAGCAUAAUGAACAGCUGCAAGAAAAGAUCUCCGAGUUACAAAGUCGUCUCGAACCACUUGAGUCACAAAUUGCCUCACUGGAGAGAAUCACGGAAGAACAGAAACAACAAAUUGCUUUGGGUAAAGAAGAGGCCGGUCGUUGGAAACAGCGUUCACAAGAUAUUCUGCACAAGUACGAGCGUAUUGAUCCUGAGGAACAUCGCAAGCUUGUCGAAGAAGUCUCUGAACUUAAGGCUGCGGUAGAAAAGAAAACUGAGCAAAAUUCAGAAUUGGAGGAUCGUUUCCAGAGGCUGAAGAAACAAGCACGCGAGCGAUUAGAUGCCUCAAAGGCCGCACAAAAUUUGCUAUCUAUGGAACUUAGCGAAGCAAAGGAGAAGCAAAAGAAAUUAGAGGAGGAUUUGGCAAUAGAGGAACAGAAACACAAAAGUUUGGAGGCACAGCUCGAGGAAGCAAAACCAGAUGAUGGAGUUGAUUCUUCUAAAUUGAAGACCGAGCUCCAAACAACCCUUGAGAAACUCCAACACGCGGAAGUACAACUCCAAAACGUCGAGGCAACGCACUACAGGGUUGAAAGUGAUUUAAAAGUUCAGCUAGAACAAGUUACAACCAAGUUGGCUGAAUUAGAAAAAGAACUGGAGAUCAAUCGAACUUCGGAAACAUCAAAUGCUUCAUCAAAAAUAGUAGAGCAAUUGAAGGAAGAAUUCAAUCAGGAAAAAGAAAAACUUCUAGCGGAGCGUGAAGAUGAACUCAGAAAAGAAUUUGAGGAGGAGAAAGCAAAGGAGCUAAAGAAGCUCGAAGAUAGUUUAAAGCAGAAUCCCCCCAAGGAAUCAGAGAUUGAUGUCGGUGAUUUAAAAAGAGAAUGGGAGGAAGAAUACGAGAAACAGACACUCCGCAGGAUUGAAGAAGCUAACGAGUUAUUGAGAAAAAGAAUAAGAUUACCAACUGAAGAAAGGAUUAAUAAAAUAAUCGAAGCAAGAAGAAGUGAACUUGAGAAUGAAUUUCAAUCAAAAGUUGACGAGCGCGCCAAAGAGAUUGCUGGUCAAAAGCCACCUUCGGGCGGCUUUACAGAAAUGAUGAAGAAUCAUAAACAGGAGAUUGAGAAGAUCAAAGUUGAAAUGAGAAAUCAGUUUAAUGAAGAAAGCGCCCAGAUCAAAAAGAAAGCUUUUGACGAGGGCAAACAGCAGGCAAGUAUGAAAUCAAUGUUCCUAGAGAAAAAAAUUGCUAAACUUGAGGCUCAAUUGAAAGCAAACGACUCUCAAAAAGAACCCCAAGAACCCCCAACUACAACAGGAACACUGUUUGCAAGACCAACGAAAAUAUCCGAAGCUUCUCCUUUGGAAUCCGAUGGAGGUUCUGAGGUUAUCGAGCAUCCUAUAAUGCCAAUAAAAACAGUAUCUUUAGAGGACUCGGGUCAGGUAUCAAGCGAGGAAAAAAUCUCAGAGGAAGACGGCUCUUCUACUUCGAAGAGAGUAUCCGAAGAUAAUGCCGAAGAUCUAUUUGCCAAAAAGCAUAAGGCUGAUCAUGACACUUAG